AUGUCCUUCCAGGAGGUCGGCAGUGGUUUUGUGCGGCAGUACUACGAGUUGUUCGCCAAGAGCCGUGGGCAGCUCGCCGGAGUGUACCGCCCCAACUCACUCAUGACGUGGGUGGGCGAGCAGAUUCAAGGCGACGCGAACAUCAUGGCCCGCUUCGCCGGUCUCGGCUUCAACGAGGCGCAGUUCAAGCCGGAAGACAUCGACUGCCACCCGUCGCUGAGCGGGGGCGUUCUUGUCGUGGUGAACGGCGAAGUGCUGCUGAAGGAUGAGCGGCACCCGCUGAAGUUCAACGACGUCUUCCACCUCGCGCAGGAAAACGGCCAGUGGUACGUCUCCAACCAGAUCUUCCGUAUAGUCGGCGGUGGUGGCCAGUAA